UCCCUCAUUCAUUUGUUGUGAAGUAUCUGGUGAACGUAAUCUGCUUAAAUAUGAACAACUUCAGAAGUAACCUGCUGCGUUUUAAAUUGAUUACGUUCGACGUUACUGACACCCUACUCGAGUACGCAAUGCGCCCAGAACGCUACUACGCUCAGACGAUUACCAGUGUUUUGCAUCCGAGCAUGGGACUUUCUAUUGACGAAAAAUCAAUAGCAAACGUUUUCAGUUCUUCUUUUCGGAUGCUCAAAACAAAAUAUCCCAAUUUUGGACACGGCCGAAAGCAGCUCGAACAGGACGUGGAAAACUGGCAUUGGUGGUGGCGAAUGUUGGUGGAACGAGUAAUACUGGAUGUGACUAAACGGAACCGUGGAGAUAUCCCUGCCGCGUUGCUAACGAAAAUAGCGGAUCAAUUGAUAGAUGACUACAUGUCCGAUACGCAUGGGGUGUGCUGGAAAAAGCGUUCUGGUGUGGACGAGUUUUUACGCAAGUUAAAAUAUAAUCAAGAGGCGUCAGCGAUGUCCUCCGUUCUCGGUAUUGUGUCCAACUUCGAUCCCCGAUUGGAAAGGAUCCUGCGCAACAAUCAUAUGUAUGCUACAGACGGCGAACGGGGCAUGGAUUUCAUUGUAACUAGCUACGAGGCGGGAGUGGAAAAGCCGGAUCCAGCGAUUUUUGGUAUUGCUCUGGAAAAAGCAAAGUAUCUUGCUAACUUCAAUAUUCACCCGCACGAAGCAUUGCACAUAGGUAAUUUGUGCCGAGAGGACUACCUAGGUGCUCGCGCUGCAGGCUGGCACGCUUUACUUGUCAAUAUGACAAUUAAGCAUAGGGACGAAGUUUUUCGUCAGGCCGUGCCACUACAGCAUAUGUUCCCGGACAUUCCCGAACUACUAACGUCUUUAGAUUACGAUCCUACGUUUCCGUGGUGAAAUACUCGCACACGUAUGGUUAUGAACGCGAUGAAUAUAGUUAGUUUAUGCACAUUAAAUGUAGUGUAGACCUCCUGUAGCGCAGCCCAAACUCGAAGUGUGUGCGCAGCCUAAGCUCGAAGUGUGUACGCAGCCUAGGCUCGUCAAACAUGACUUCUGUCAAACGCAAUGUGAUUAAAGGACACUUCAUCGUCGGAAGUUAAGCAGAUUAGAUGUCUAUUAAAUUUCUGCGUUAGGAAAAACAGCAGAAAAACAGAAAGAACAGCAUAAUGCCACUCGGGAUAGCCAUAAUGCCAGUUGACCUAGAAAAGACGCGAGCGUAGUGAAACAGCUAGCCCAACACUUUGCUUGGCACGUCACGCCACGGUUGCGCACCAAUAGGGUGACGACGCCCAGAACGGCUAGGCUAGCUGUUUUAGGCUAUAAAGGGCCACCGCACCUUUGGCGUGGCCCUCUUUCCUCUGUCAUAGUUAGUGCUUAAAGUUGUUAAUGUACGUAUAAUAAACCGACCACAAGUCGAAGAAACCCAUAACUGGUGUCAGAAGUGGGAUACUCGCGAGUGUAAAACAAAGUGGUUUACAGCAUAUCACCGGAGAUCACGCGACAGCAUAGUUACACACAGUUGGACGACGCGGCGACAUCCCGGAGAACAUAUCAACCCGCUCGCGAUUCACCUGAUGCUACAUUACCUAACAUUAUGUUGCUGUACCAGCGAAAUGGGACUGAGCAGAGUAAAAAAGGCCAAUCGUCCGGCACCAGAACCGCACAUCCAGGAUAAUUGCUAGCCAAAAAGGUGAAAAAGGUGAAAGAGUGAUCACGAAGAAAAGAAUGGAAUCAGUAAGCUUAUGCUUCCAGGUUUGCCUCGGGGAAAUCCCGGACGGCGCCGUGCAGCUUGUUACUCGUCGCAAAAAGGGUAGGCCAACGCCGAGUCGCUCGUUGGUUGGUUUGCGGGUAAACACAGGAUGGGCGCAGCCGAAAGAAGCACUUGGUUUUGGUUUUGGUUUCAGUUGUAAGUAUCAGUUACUGCGAUUGUGGAACUUCCUUCUAUUCGUCUUGCUGCGUUUUACAGAAAUGGAAACGAUUGCCUAUGAUCCGGAGUGGGUGCAUCAUUUGCUCAUCGUCGCCAACUAUGUGCGGAGGCGUCAAAAUGAGCAGAGACGGGUUCGUCGAAGAUGGUGGAUGCGGCCAAUCUUCUUUCGUCGGGAAGAAGACGGCAACGUUCUGCUCAACACCAUAAUGGAAGAGCAGACACGACAACACAACGUCAACGACACAAUCAUCAUCACAACGACACAAUCACAAUCAAAAUACUAACCAGUUUUUGGUUUGGUGCUUUCUUUCCUAUUUUGUUUUCCAUUUUAUCACUGAAAUUGAGAUAAACUUUUGUUUCAAAUUCAAAAAAAUCACAAAAAAUCACGUGCUAUAUUUGUAAACAAACCUCUGUUGUGCUCUGUUUGUAAAUAACACUUUGACAGGCGUUUACGCCUCGCGCGAGCCGUAAACGUUUUGACAGCGCCGCAGCAGUUUGGCAUUAAUCGUUAAUGUCAAACUCAUUACGUUACACUUGAUGUAGCACCCCAGUAAGAGCUAUUAGUUGUAAGAGUUGUAGUAGCUUUUUCAUGGGGCGACCUGAAGUGACAGCCGUCAGGUAGGCGCGCGAGGUGCAGGCAGUCAGUUUCAAAACGAUCGUCUAGCUGACCAGACGAAUAAAGCACACGUUUUUUCGCGAUGAGUUUCUCUACUUACAUACUAACUUAAGAAGUUGCCUCUUAUUACGUCCGUUGUAGAAGCUGUCUCUGGGGGGCUACAUGAGGCGUAAAAACUAGCGUGAAAUUAAUUUGUAAUGUCAAAUAGUUUACGCUUCUU